UGAGACCACAAUGGAAAAGAAAGGUAUCUUAGCAUCACAAUUCUUCCAUUAUGCAUUCCAUAGUCUUUUAUAGAUCUCCCAUGUGCGACGCCACCCUGGCCAGCUGCCGAGGUUUCCUGCUGGGGCCGCUGGCAGGCCCGCCCCCAUUGGCUAUAUCUCCAGGAGAGCCUUAGGGGACCAAGAUAUUAUGAUCGCCUAUUGUGGGAAGGGCACAUCGUCUCGUCUGAGCCAAAACAGUAUGUAUAGAUAGAAAGACCUUCAACAUCUUAAUCUUAAUGAAUAGAACUGGAGGUCAUCGAGUUGAUCCUUCGACAUUCUCGGCUGUAAAAUGCUGCUGACAUCUCUCGUCUUCCUCGCCGCGACGGCAUGGGCUGCUCCCACCAGCGAUGCCGAUGCCGUCUGUUCCUAUCUUGUUGACAAGUACCCCAGAUACGUGGCCUGGGAUCCCCUGAACAUCAAUGGCUACAAGACUGCUGCGAACGCUUCCAAGUGGGCCAAUGCACACACUGCCUAUUGGGACAGGAGGAACCAGUACAAUCGCGCGACAUGCGCCUUCUUCCCGUCGAAUGCGGAGAUGGUGUCAGAUGCUGUCAAGCAACUCAACAAGUAUACGAACGCGCCGUUCGCCAUCAAGUCCGGUGGCCAUCAAUUCAACAAAGGUUUUUCCAGUGUUGACAAGGGCGUGCUCAUCUCUUUCAAUGAGAAUCUAUCCUCCGCCGUUCGCUCCUCUGACGGCAACAGCUUCGUCGUCGGCUCUGGCGCCCGCUGGGGGGAUGUUUACACAGAGGCUGGUAAGACGAAUCAAGUCGUCGUUGGCGGCCGUCUCAGUCAUAUUGGUGUAGGAGGAUUCACUCUUGGUGGGGGUCUAUCAUACUACUCUGCCCAGUACGGGCUGGCCUGCGACAAUGUGCUCAAUUACGAAGCUGUCUUGCCGGACGGCACUAUCGCCAACAUCAAUGCCCAAAGCACGGAAUACUCGGACCUCUUCUGGGCGCUUAAGGGCGGUGGCAAUCGCUUCGCCAUCGUCACGCGCUUCACCCUGAAGGCGCACCCAGCAGGUGUCAACGGUCAAGUCUGGGGCGGCACACGUACGUACGCGGCCGAAAACCGAGCACAGAUCUUCGACAGCCUGUCGAAGUUUGUUGCCAACUAUCCCGACAAGAAGGCCGCAUUAAUCCCAACCCACGACUUCACGCUCGGUGUACUCGACGUUCUGAUCGUCUUCAUGUUUUACGACGGGCCUGACCCUGGCAAUGUCUUCGCUGACUUCGACAAGAUCCCCUCGAUAUCGUCAAGCACCGAAGCGAAGACAUACAGAGAGAUGACGGAUGAGGCCGGCGGAGCUAGCGUCCAGGGCUUCAGUACCGCGGCGCGUGUGACGACUUUCCCGAACAUGCCGCCGGAGCAGAUGAAUGCAUUCUACGAGGAACAUUUCCAGGUUUACGCAAAACGCUCGUUGAACAACACAGUGCGCGAUCUUGAUCUGCAAGUGUUGACAUUCACACCACAGCCGUUGAGCCGCGUCGUUGCGCAGGCGUCGCAGGAUGCUGGUGGCAACACACUUGGCCUGGACCCCAAGUAUGGCGACCGGAUCUGGAUUGAGAAUGAUGUGAUAUGGCUGAACCCUUUGUGUGACAACGCAUGUCCGACCUAUCUGAAGGACGCCGCGGACACUAUGGUAGCAUACCAGGCGAAGACGUUCCCCGGAGCUGGGCCAACCAACUUUCAGUCGGGGGACAAGAAUUUUGCAUCGUACAACCCACUCUUCAUGAACGAUGCUGCAGACUAUCAGAACGUGUAUGCAAGCUAUGGCUCUGAGAACGAGGCACGCUUGAAGAGCAUCCAGAAGAAGUACGAUCCAAACGGCUUCAUGUUUCGACAAGGCGGUUUCAAGUUCUUCUGAGGUGUUGGCAGUCACGUAUGAAAAAGGAAAUGGUUCCAUAUAGAAUUAGAAAUUUUUACCUCAAUUAAAUAAUUACACGCCACGUAGUCC